AUGUCUUUCAGCAGCUAUAAGAAGAUAGGCGCUGCUGUUGCUUCGAGGUUCACAUCUGUUCGUCUUUGUCGUUCAGUCCAUUCAGUACCUCUUCGACCUUUAACACGCUCCCAAGGUCGACUGCCAAUUUCUCCUCUCGCUCGAUCAGCCACGACACCGCAGAAACACUACAGCACAAUGUCAGACUUGUACGUUAACCUCGAGGCCCCUAACGGCGUCAAGUACAGACAGCCAACGGGCCUCUUUAUCAACAACGAAUUCGUUCCUGGAUCGUCAACUCAAAAGAUUACAUCUAUCGACCCUGCUACCGAGAAGGAAAUUGCUACAGUCCACGCAGCCAAUGCUGAUGAUGUCGACAAGGCCGUCAAGGCAGCCUACGAUGCAUUUCACAACCCCUCAUGGAAGAAGCUGCCUCCUCCUCAGCGAGGUGUUUUGAUGAACAAGCUCGCCAACUACAUUGAGGAGCGCACCAAGAUCUUUGCCACUUCAGAGGCUUGGGACAAUGGCAAGGUUUACACUGAUGCCGAGGGCGGCGACGUUGUCGAGGUUAUCAACACCAUCCGCUACUACGCCGGCUGGGCCGACAAGAUCACCGGCCAGACAAUUACCGCCAACCCCAACAAGCUUGCCUAUACUCUCCGCCAACCCCUUGGUGUUGUCGCCCAAAUCAUCCCUUGGAACUACCCUCUUGCCAUGGCCGCCUGGAAAAUUGGCCCUGCGCUAGCAUGCGGUAACACCAUUGUUAUGAAAGCUGCUGAGCAAACACCCCUCAGUAUCCUGCUUCUCGGCGAGGCUAUCAAGGCAGUUGGAUUCCCCCCUGGUGUCUUUAACGCUCUCAAUGGCUACGGUAGCGAGGCUGGACCUGCUCUUGUCGAGCACCCUCUUGUUGACAAGGUUGCUUUUACUGGCUCAACUGCUACCGGUGCUAGGAUUAUGGAGAUGGCUUCCAAGACCCUCAAGAACAUCACCCUCGAGACGGGUGGUAAAUCACCUCUUCUGGUCUUUUCUGAUAGUGACCUCGACGAAGCCGUCAAGUGGUCGCAUAUGGGUAUCAUGUCUAACCAGGGCCAGAUCUGUACAGCUACGUCUCGUCUGUUGGUCCAGGACAAGGUAUACGACGAAUUUGUCCAGCGCUUCAUCGAGACGACCAAGACAGUCAGCAAGGUCGGUCACCAAUGGGACUCAGAGACAUAUCAGGGUCCUCAGGUCUCAAAGCAACAAUAUGACCGCAUCCUCGAGUAUAUCCAGAUUGGAAAGUCUGAGGGUGCCACUCUUCUCGCUGGUGGACAGCCUGUGGAUUCUUCCAAGAAGGGCUUCUUCAUCCAGCCCACUGUCUUUGGCGACGUCCACCACCAGAUGCGUGUCUUCCGUGAGGAAAUCUUUGGCCCUGUGGUAGUCAUCACCAAGUUUAGUGAUGAAGCAGAGGCUCUCAAGCUCGCCAACGACACGACCUACGGUCUCGGCGCUGCUGUCUUUACAAAGGACGUUGAGCGUGCCCACCGUGUUGCUGCUGAGAUUGAGGCUGGUAUGGUUUGGAUCAACUCUACACAGGACUCUGAGCCUUACAUCCCCUUCGGUGGUGUGAAGCAGAGCGGCAUUGGUCGUGAGCUUGGCGAAGCUGGUCUUGAAGCAUACAGCAACACCAAGUCCAUCCACGUCAACUUGGGUUCCCGUCUGUGA